AUUUUUUUGUAUGUGAAUUAUUUUUGCAUACAAAAAGAAAAGUGGGUUUCAAGUAUAAAGUGAUAAAACUGAUUACAUCUAUUUUUAAUUAUUUUUUAUUUUUUUUUGGUUCUAACCAAGAGGGUUGGUGGGUGGUUCAGCACCGAAACCCCUUAACCAAGAGUUGGUGAAUAGAAAACGCUCUAGUGCGCAGACACUAGGAAUGGAGGAUUAGUCUUCUUGCUGCCGGCGGUGGGACCUUGGAAAACCAAAAAAGAAAUUUUUGGGAAAUAAGGAUGUCUUAAAUUGUAACAGUGUUCAAUUAUCUUGAUGGUAGUCUGGUGCUCUGUGUCUGUUGUGAUAUUAGCCUUAUUUGUGUAGUUAAUGGUUAAAAACACACCUAAGAGUCUCCUGAUUUUGCGACUUUCAUAGCUGAACUAUCAUGUGUGUGAGUUUCUUAGCUGAACUAUCGCCGACUAUUUGUAAAAAUACAUGUCAACUAUUUAAUUGUUCAGUUCAACUAUGAAACUCAAAUAAUUAAUAGUUGAGGUGUGUUUUGAUAAAUAGUCGGUGAUAGUUCAGGUGUGGAACUCGGUCGCUCACCUGAUAGUUCAAUUAUCGAAACAGGAUGCUUCAGGUGGGGUUUCACCCUUCCAUCUUUAUUGAUAAGUUCUACUGUGAAACUCAAAUAAUUAAUAGUUGAGGCGCGUUUUGACAAAAUAGUUGCUGAUUGUUCAGGUCACGUGAAGUUCCUGUAAUGGAUCUAGGAAUUUUGAUGAGUUAAUGGAGUUAGGUUUAUUUGUUACAGUAUUAGCUAUCAAGAGGAGAAAACCUCCCAGCUUGGUGAGCUUGUGUCUUGGAGUUAUCGGUAGACAUUUUGAGGAUAUCAUUGAGGACCUCACAGAGAUAGCUGCUAGUUUUCCAUCCACCAUGAAGAUGGCACUUGUAGCAAUUGCUAGAAGGAGAAGGUUAUUGAAUGACGAUGUUAUUGUUGCAUUGGCUGAUAGCUCCUGGCAAAUCCUGGACUUAUCUGGUUCGGAGGUUUCUGAUUGUGGCCUAUCACAAGCAGUUAAAACAUGCAAACAUCUGCAAGCAGUUGAUAUAAGUCUCUGCAGCAAGCUCACGUCAGUCAGUGUAUCAGAACUCUUGCGGAAUUGCCGGUCUCUUGAAAUACUGAGAUGGGGAGGCUGCCCUCGGAGUGAGAACACAGCUCGUAGAUGCUUCUCUUUGUUGAAGCCAACACUAGAGCAUGUUGAAGGAGAUUCUUGGGAGGAACUUGAUACCUCGGAAAUAGCUCAUGGUGCAACUUCCUUGCGUUGGCUUUUAUGGCCAAAAAUUGAGAAGGACCAGCUGGAGAGUUUGUCUGAAGAAUGCCCACGAAUCAUCCUAAAUCCAAAGCCGUCGCCCCUAGGUUACAGGGGGAUUGAUAUACCUAGAGAAGCAAGACUAGAUGUAUCAUUAGAUGAUCCCAUUGUUGAAGAUAUUGACCCCAAAACCUGGGCUGUUACUGGAUUUGUACCUAGAAGAUCACCAUCAUCAGUUUCAAGCACAGAAGAUUUGCCUGUGGCAGAAAAGUUUAGACUUGCAUUUCUUGAUAGAGAUACUAGACUAGCACCAAAACGAGCAAAGAAUGCAAGACAACACCAGCGACGUGCAGAAAAGCAAUGGGUGAUGAUGAAUAGUAGAGCGAAAGCGCUAGCACUUGCCUCGCUUGCAAGCAAAUCCCUGAACAUACGGAACUGAAAAUAAAUAUAUACUUUUACAAACCUGUAUUUGAUCUGUCAGUCAUGGAUAGCUUCUGUUUGGCAGCAGAUAUCGCCAGGGAAGCAAAUUUUAAGCAAGCAUCACUUAGUUGAAGGGUUAUGUGGGAAGUUUCUCUUUUCAACCGAGUCUUAACUGUUCCGCGGGCUAUACAUAAUGCUGCACUUGGUCUCUUGUAGUGGAUGGACUCCGUCAAUAGCCUUCCUUUCCUUUUGUCUUGUCAAAGCCUCAUUGAAGUGUGUAUAUUAUUCGCGAUAUAAGUUCCUGUGUGGAUGUACAUUAGAAUUUUGCUGCUGAAAGAUUGAUAUAAUGAGGUACUCCAGUUUUCUCA